AGAAUACGGGAACCGAGUAGUCAUAGUGCUGCGCAUGACGCAUACAACAUAAGAACCGUGUAGAGGUGCAGCGUUGCCAGUGUAAUCGGCUUGCGGGGCCAUGAGCAGCCAAAGCCAAAAGCCGUAAAGCAUUAUUGUCGAUCGAUAGACUUCGCCCAUAACGGUUUCAUCAGCUUCUGGCGCUGGCUUGAACUGAUCAGGAAUCUCGAAUAGCACAUAUAACUGUGCAGUUGCGUCGGAGAGUGCAAGUGAAAGCGACCAUCCAUUCACGGUUGCCAGCAACAUGCGCUAUAUGCGCCCUGCUUUGCCGAAAAGGUCUAUCUGUUGUGCUGCUGUUUGAAGUUUGCCAACUUGUUAUUCGCAGGGAAACUUCGCAGUGCGCUUGCGCACGGCGCGCGAAGGAUUCAGCAAGCCGCGGGGCACCCAACCUACGGCCCAUCCCCGCUUAAGCUUGUGGAUAAUCGUGAUAGCUACAUGGCUCAGCUGGUGAGAGCUGAAGCCCUGCCGUUACCGCAAGUGCGACCGCCGCCCGCCAUUCCGCCAACCCCCGUACGGUGCCCUCUCUCCUCUUAAGCCGUCGCAUUUCCGCUCUUCGCAUAGACUCGCACUCACAACGCAUACACAAUCUUGCGUCGUUUUUAGGUGUGCGACUCUUCAGAGCGGGUCAUUGGGUAUUUUCCUUGUCGGCGGCAUUGAGAGGAGACAGAAGGCGGACGAAAGUGACGUGGCCCAGUAUGCGACGCACUGCCGUCGCUGUGGCCCUGCUGGCCUUCGUGGCCGCGGCAACCGCCCUUGACUUCCCCUACUCCGGCUGCACGCGCGCGCUGACCAAGUCCAAGUACUCGGUGAAGCCCGUGACCACCUUCCCCGGCACCAACACCAUCUGCUGGACUGUCCAGUACAGCGACCCUCAGUGCGCCAACCCCUCUGAGCCGUGCUGCAGCGCCGACCUGCACAAGCUGCAGCUGGACGUCAAGCAGUCGUGCGCGUCUGGAUUCCGUGCCACUGCCACCGUCAACGGCCAAGGCACCGCCGCCCCCUCCAUCUACCGCCCCCCCAACGCUGGCUCUGACCAGUACGUGCUGUCGAUUCCCGGCCUGGGCCUGGACGGUGCCUCCGCCAACGGCGCCACCAUCUGCCUGACCCUCACCGGCGGCUCGUGCAUGACCCUGGCUUCCCUGACCCCCAGCCCCGUCUGGUCGGUGGCUCUGUGGGACACCGCUCACCAGUGCUGCCCGGUCACCCGUGGCGCCUCUCCUCCCCCUCCCCCUCCCCCGUCUCCUCCCCCGCCUCCUCCUCCCUCUCCCCCUCCUCCCUGCCGCGUGUGCUCUACCUGGGAGGCCAUUGCUGGUCCCACCGUCCUGGUUGAUGACCUCAACUACUUCGGUGAUGCCUACAAUUGCGCCGUCGGCAAGGACGUCAUUAGCGAGCUGUACGCUCCCUACAUGGAGGAUGGCACCAUCAUCGCCGGCACCGACUCCAUCACCUGCAACGGCAACAAGAUCACGGUCUGCGCCACCAUGUUUUCGACGGAGGUGGGCUCCAAGAUGGCGAGCGAGCUACAAGCCAUGGGCAGUGGCCUGGUGACUUCCGUGUUCGGGUUCGGCGGCGACUGCCCUUUGGCUUUUGCCGGCUACUCGACCUUCGUCACCUCGACCGACGACGACUGCGGCGUCUUCAUGGCUGGGCCCGCUUGCGCCCCGCCCACCGCCCCCUUCCCCUUCUGCGUGUGCAACAAGCAGCAGGGCUCGACCCCCUUCUACCUGGAUAAUGCCGUCGAGGUGGAUGACGUCAACAACGAGUACUGUGUGAGCGUGUACACCGCCGCGGCUGUGGGCACCGGCGCGUGCUCCAAGAAGACCACGCUUAAGAAGGCGGAGUUCUGGUUCAACUACGCCAUGCGCUGGAGGAUGACCAGCAUCACUCUGAAGUACGCCACCGGCGCCAAGGCCACCCGCUCUCAGUCGUGGGCCAAGGCUGGUGACAACACCCUGCGCGUGUACGACCUGAACUGGACCGUCGACCAGGUUGCUUCUCUGAAGCCCAAGAUCUGCUUCACCUUCAAGGCCGGCACCACCCUGGCCGAUUUCAACGCCGACCCCAACGGCUUCGUCUGGGGCACCCUGUUCGAUCCCGAGCAGGACUGCUGCCCUACCUUCCCUGCCCAGUAAAGAUCCAACCAUCUCAAAUCAAGAUGCGCGCGACCUGUGGCGCGUGCAUAGGAAAAGCGGAAGCAUGUUCUCGGAUUUGAGGCAUGUGAUGACCUACCUACACUGACCGGGCUGGCGGCGGCUGUCUUGUGGCGCCCCGCGGCCUGAUCGUUUUUGGCGUGACGACCCGUUUCGUGUGUCUCCUACCAUGUUCUUCAUUCAGUGUGCUGGGUACUGUGGUUUGGGACCAUCGCGAUUCGUCGGAUGCUUGUGUCCGUAAUCGGGGCAAGCGAUGCGCAUUGUUGAUGGUGUGUGAUGGGGAUGUGUCAUGUGUGCAUGUCACUGCCGAGGCAAGAACCGCAGAGGCUUAUCAGAAACAGACUCGUACACAAACCUGCAUAUUCUCAAGCGCUGAGAUAUAUGUGCCGUGUCAAAGCACGACAUAUGAAUACAUACGGUCAGUUGUAAUCGGAUUCUGAA